AUGGAGGCGGAGCGGAUCGGGAGGAGGAAGUGGAGGAGCCUCAAAAAGCGGCUGGCGCUGAUGGGCUGCUGCGUCAGCUCUUGGGGCUUCCGUGCCUCCAAUCCCACCAUCAUCACAGAUGAAAUUUACCCAGAAAGGCCGGAGGAGGAGGUGGUGGUGGGGAUGGGGGGCGCAACUUCGGCCGAGGAGAUGAAUCUGGCUGCGGCGCUGGCGGCUGAGCGGAAUUACCGGGCGGCUUCUGUGGCGGAGGUGGGUAGAGUGGAGGGGAAGAGGACGGAGGCGCCGAUGCCGGUGUCGCUGAUGAGUGAGUUCCACGCGCCAUCGGAGUCGAUCGUCCUCGUCUGCACUGGAUUGCAGGCACGACCUACUCAUAUCAAUAUCCGUACCAUCUAA